AUGUCCCUUACAUUGGUGGUCAGUGGGAAGAAUGUCCCUUACAUUGGGGGUCAGUGGGAAGAAUGUCCCUUACAUUGGGGUCAGUGGGAAGAAUGUCCCUUACAUUGGGGGUCAGUGGGAAGAAUGUCCCUUACAUUGGUGAUCAGUGGGAAGAAUGUCCCUUACAUUGGUGGUCAGUGGGAAGAAUGUCCCUUACAUUGGGGGUCAGUGGGAAGAAUGUCCCUUACAUUGGGGGUCAGUGGGAAGAAUGUCCCUUACAUUGGGGGUCAGUGGGAAGAAUGUCCCUUACAUUGGGGGUCAGUGGGAAGAAUGUCCCUUACAUUGGUGAUCAGUGGGAAGAAUGUCUCUUACAUUGGGGGUCAGUGGGAAGAAUGUCCCUUACAUUGGUGAUCAGUGGGAACAAUGCCCCAUACAUUGGUGGUCAGUGGGAAGAAUGUCCCUUACAUUGGUGAUCAGUGGGAAGAAUGUCCCGUACAUUGGUGAUCAGUGGGAAGAAUGUCCCAUACAUAGGUGGUCAGUGAGAA